AUGACUCGGCCGAGCACUUACAUCUUCUUCGUCUCAUAUCUUUGCGUGCAGAUUGUGGCGUCCUCUUUCAGUACCUUCCUCCCCAUCAUUCUGAACACGUUCGCCGACUUCCCACCGCACAAAGCAACUGCCUACACGUCGAUCGUCUACUUCGUCAUCAUCCCAUGCUACUGGCUAUGGGCAUGGCACUCGGACUACACACGAGAGAGAGUCUGGCACAUCAUCAUUCCGCUUGUGGCAUCACUGCCGUGUUUCGCCGUGUGGACAUACGUCGCUUCGAACAAGUCCUACGGCAGCAUCAGUCCGCUUUCACUCUAUGGAAUGGCGUUCAUUGGGCACAAUCUGAAUUUGUGGAACCCGCCAAUGCUCAGCUAUAGGAGUGCCACGCUAUACGGUGCAUCUGAGCAGGCCAUCGGGGGUGCUAUCACCCUUGCAGGGAUAUCGAUCGCGAGCAUUAUCGGUCCACAGAUCCACUCCGCAUCCCAAAAACCCUGGUACUUCACAGGCUUCACGACCUCUUGUGUCGUCCUGUCAGUCGCCAUCGUGGGCUACGCAUCCCUACCUUUCUGGCUCGCCAUGGAAGCGAAUCAGCGCAAGAAGGCUACAGGGCAUACUAUGCCUUCACGAGCACUCGAGGAUGCUCUACAUGCUCAGGUUUCGGAUCAGGUUAUUGCCAAUGAAAUUCAGCAGGUGGAGGGCGAGGUAAAGGAUGUGGAUAAGGCGUUUCAUGAGGAGCAUGCGCCGCCGGAAGUCAUUCAGGGGGGUCAGAGGGUGUGA